CACUCGCACCCUUCACACAAGACAUUUCUACAUUGUCGUUUAUAUGUUUUGCGGUUUUAAUUGUUUUCCGAAUAUUUAUUAGCGGACGGACAGUUUCUCGCCGGUGUUUUCGCGUACCUCGGAGGGCGGGGCUCUUUUCUACCCGGCCGAAGGCUAAACAUUUAGUUAAAAGUGAAAUUGUGUUUAAAGUGAAGUUUUGUGGAGCUAACAAGGCUUGACCCCUUAGGACUUCAAUUUGGCAGUGGAGAGAAUCAGCUGAUGUCUCCCGCUGGUGGUGCCGCCUAGCGGACCUGUCGCGCACUACCUAGUGUGAAGUCUACAAUCACGGUGUGAGGUUGAACCGCUCCCCGUCGCGCUGUCGUACCCCUUGUCAUUUGAAUCUGUCACUUCAGUUUUUACAUAAUGGGUGCCAAAGCGAGUGUUUUACAGCAAGGAUUGCCCGAGCGCCAGAAUUCGGCGAGGGAACAACAGAGUUGCGGCGACGUCCACGGAGCCGGGGCUAGGGCCAUGAGCUGGUGACCACAGUCUACCCCCGCUCCCGCCAUGGGCAACAAGUUGAGCUGCUCCUGCGCGCCGCUCAUCAGGAAGGCCUACCGAUACGAGGAUUCGCCCUGGCAGACGUCGCGGAGGCGGGACGGUCACUUGCUCAGGUUAUGGGCGGAGGUUUUCCACGUGAGUGCGAGCGGCGCAGGCACAGUCAAGUGGCAGCAGGUGUCUGAGGACCUGGUGCCUGUCAACAUUACCUGCAUCCAGGACUCUCCUGAAUGUGUCUUCCACAUCACCGCCUACAACAGCCAGGUUGACAAGAUCCUUGAUGUCCGGCUCGUUCAGCCUGGAACAAGGAUAGGACAAGCAUCGGAAUGUUUUGUCUACUGGAAGGAUCCAAUGACCAACGACACUUGGGGCCUAAACUUCACUUCUCCCAUUGACGCUAAACAGUUUCGGGAAUGCUGCUCGUGGUGGAGUGGCUAUCUACCUGAGCUCAACAAGGGGGAAGCUCUCAUCAAUCGGAGGAAAUCACAGCCUCCCCCCUUGUUGCAAGUUUUGUCACCUUCUUUUAAAUUCUCGCGCAAAGCGUCUUCCUCCUACUCGCUCAAAUUGGAACCGCCGAACAAACAGAAUAAAGUGAAGACCAAACGCAAGCCGUUAAGUACACCUGCGUCUCCCAGUCGCUCGAGGGAGCCGCAGUGCACAUGUAUGACGGCUGACCAGUACGCAAGGCUACGAGCCCAGGAUCCUAGGUAUAGAGGGUCAUCAACGUUACCGAGAGCUCAGUCACGAGUGAGUGACGUUGCGGAUGGGCGAGUGUCGACACUGGGAGACAAGGUGACAGCAGCUACAAGUAGUACUUCGCUGUACGACAAUGUCAGCGGGAGGGAGGCCAACAAGCCAGCAGCCGCAGGCAACCGUCAGACUAGGGAUCGGGAGACCAGCACUCCUGGUGGCAAGCUCAAUAAUUCUAAUCACGCCACCACGCAGGUCCCCGCUCAAUCUCAGACUGAGGAGGGUCAAGAGACAAGUAAAAGUGAAGGAACACAGGCAGGUGGGACUGUGAGUAGCACCAAGAUGACGACUGGCACUUGCACACCGAGACUGACCAAAGAUGCUCAACCUAGCCAACAGCACAAGGCCACCGGAGGCCCCGACUACGCAGAGGGUACUGACAUGGUGCGAGAGGCAGAGCUGCGAGCGGCUAACAACAACAACAACAUUAACAACAUCAACAACAAUAAUCGUGGCCGAACAACAAACAAUAAUAAUAAUAAAAUGGGCAAGGAUGAUGUUCGUUCAGGAGGUGGAGGUAUGAGUGUGGAUUCGAACACGUUGAAGCGAAUGUUGAAGCCGAUGCCAUCACUGGAAAGCCCUGUUACCAGUCCUGAGAUGACAAGGCGCAGGUACAACUACUACAACCACCACGGCAACCUGCACUACAACCACCAUGGCAACAACACUUCCAACAACAACGCUCGCCACGUGUUGUCUGAGUCCGAGACAAUGUCACGUCAUAAGGGCAAUCGCUUCUCGGGCUCAAGGUCCUCGCAUGAGAUAGGUAGAGGACAGCGGGACUAUCAGGGGCGGGGGUUGUUCCUGGAACUAGAGAGGAACGGAGGGGGUGCGGGGACCGGGGGUGACAUCUCCCCUCCGUCUGACAACGUACUGUUUGACAAUCAAUGCUAUGCAACAACCCCUAGCUCAAGUAACGGAAACUCCGACCUGGACCAGCCGUCCCACAGACAAGGUAGAGGUUAUCAGCGAGAUCAGCAAAUGGGUGCUGUGAGCACGCCAAGCUCCCCCACCAGCCGGCUCCUGCUGGAGUAUGAGAUGCAUCUACGCAACACGUUGGCCAAGGGGAUGGACGCAGAGAGCUACAGCCUCCAUACCUUCGAGGCCUUACUCACUCAGAGCAUGGAGAACUUAGUUGUGGCUGGGGGAGGGACUGCGUACAUAGUACUUCUCAAGGACUUGAUCUCAUGGCUUAAAGGACGCACCAAUGUUCUCCCUGGCAUUGAAGUCCCCUCCCCAGCUACCACCUCCAAACAUAAACCGGAAUUUGCUGAACAACUACCUGGCGUGAACACUAGAAGUCCCUACCCAUCAAGGCGUCGUGUUUGCACAGGACCGGGCAGCAGUGCAAGUAUGAACAAGUCAUCGACACUGCCCUUACCUCACAGGCUGAACAUGGAGCGGCCAGCUAGCAGUGCGGAGAGGAGGGACAGAGACAGAGAUAGAGAAGGCUAUUAUAGUGACCGCAACGAACUCAUGAGAGAAAGAGACAGAGACAGGGGUUAUCUUAGUGAUCACAACUCUUCCAGCAGAGACAGAAGCAGAGACGGGUACUACAGUGACAGAAACGAACUCAUGAGGGAAAGAGACCGUGAAAGAGGCUAUCUCAGUGAUCACAAUUCUUCCAGUCGAUGUGCCUCAUGCUUGGGUGAGUCCGCGCGUGCUCAAUGGUUUCGGCACUCAGAUGGCUGGCGCUCGGGCAGCUCCACACUCGGCUCAGGCUCAGUGAGCAACUACCAGGGCAGUACAGGCGGCAGCAAACGCUCCCCUUGGGACUCCUUGCCCUCCUUGCGGCACGAGAACAGUCUGAAUGACAGCGGUUAUAAGUCGAACCGUGCCGACUCUUUCGAACAAAGAGGCACAUUUGAUCGCCAGGAUAGUUUGCGUUCCGAUUACAUGAGCGAUCGAGAAUCACGUUACGGUAUCGUGCAGCAAGCCUCCAUAGAGAGCACGGACUCGCGGCUUUGUUAUCUCACAUCAUCUGAGAUGUCGGAUGAUGACCGGAUGUCACUGACGACUGCUGUCAGUGACGAAGAGGACGCCGAGAGUGUACACAACUCGCCGUACCGCGCCAAACAGACCGGCACGGCCGCUGCCUCCUUCAACUGUACUGGGGCAGUCAGGAAAGCUGGAUUCCUCAGUGUCAAGAAGUGGCUAUUGCGCAAGAAACACCAAAUUGAGUUGGCACGCAAGCGCGGCUGGAAGGGCUACUGGGUGUGUCUGAAGGGCACGACUCUGCUAUUCUAUCCAUGUGAUUCUCGCGAAGGAAGAUCUGUUGAAGCAGCUCCCAAGCACCUCAUCAUUGUAGAUGGCGCUAUUAUGCAGCCUAUCCCUGAACACCCAAAGAGGGAUUACAUAUUUUGCCUAAGUACAGCCUUUGGGGACGCCUAUCUCUUUCAGGCACCGUGUCAGGUAGAACUUGAGAACUGGGUAAAUAGUAUCCAUUCGGCCUGUGCAGCUGCAUUCGCUAGACAUCGGGGCAAGACAGGGACUCUACAUCUGCUGCAGGAAGAAAUUUACAGGCUUGAAAAGGCAAUUGAGUCUGAUCACAAGCUGAAGCAUAUGGCAGAUCUGCAGCAGAGUGUAGUGUCUGAUCCUGACACCAAGCAGCAGAUAAACACCCAGAUUGUUCAGUGGGAGGAGAAUUUAGAACGGUUACAUUGCGAACAGUUCCGGUUACGGUGCUACAUGGCUAGCCUUCAAAACGGGGAACUUCCUAAUCCCAAGAGCUUACUGACGCACGUUUCACGCGCCACAAAAGGAACGUUAAACAAGCUGGGCGUGUUUACCGUUUCUUCGUUCCAUGCUUUCAUAUGUGCCCGUUCACCCUCAUUGCUCAAUAACCUGCUGGCCGGUCGAGGAGCCACCAAGCGCCGGCCUCCUAUGCUCUCUCGCUCCAACAGCGGUUCCAGCCGGCGCUCGCUACAGAUGAGCUCGAGAGACGAAUCGGAGAAAACUGUCAAAGUCUCAGUGCCAGAGAACCAAUUUGUUCAUGUGUUCCUGAGAGAAGCGAUGUCAGUGGAGGAGUUUCUGGCGAGCGCGUGCAGUCGGAAAAACCUCAAUCCCAUGGAACAUUUUGUGAGAGUGAAGAAAAGAAGGGAUAUGGAAGACCAUAAUUACUUUGUACCUCAUCGAACGGACUUAAUCGAGACUUAUCUGCACACACAUGAGAUCGUGGAGGUGUGUGCCAAGAUCCUGUACCAGGUGGAGUUGCAGCGAACGACACUGGAACACAUGUGGGGGUUCUCGGUAGAAGCAGAGCUGAUAGAAAAUGCUGACCGACAAGACGAACUGUGUUGCUAUGUCAGCCGAGUUGAGGACAAAAGUGUUGCCAUGCACAAUGGGAUCAUCAAGAGUGAUGAGAUCAUGGUGAUCAACGGAGCAAUCGUGAGCGACCUAGACAUGAUGUACCUGGAGUCGGUGCUACAGGAGGAGUUGUCACUCUGUAUGAUGAUGCGCUCGUCUCGCACCGAGCCCCCAGACCUGGCACCCGGCAUCAUGCGCUCCACUGAUAUGGAGAUCGAGAGCCUGGUCUGCCCCCCACCCCCAUCUGAUCCUCCAGUCAUCAGUGAGGAAAUGAUCUCAGGUCUCAUUGUUCCUGCUCCAGGCUGGAGUAAGGAGCUUUAUUCCCCUGAAGCGGAAAAUCCUCCUGCACCUCCCAGUGAAAGUGGCAAACAGACAUCUCGUGCCAACUCAUUUGAAAUUGAAAAUCUUUUGAAGACGGCAGAGCAAGUGACUGGAUUCUGUCGCUCGCCAGGGGAGACACGGAAGUCCAGUCCGACGGGAAGUGUAGUCAGCACCACCUCACAGGCCCUUCUUACUCCCAGUCGUCAGCUUACUGAUGCUGAGAAGUUGCGGAAGGUUAUCCUUGAACUCAUCGACACGGAACGCACCUAUGUCAAGCAUCUGAACAGCCUGUUGGAGAACUACCUGGAGCCACUAAAGAAGGAGACGUUUCUGUCACAUGCAGAGAUCGCAGCUCUGUUCGGCAACAUCCAGGAAAUUGUGGCUUUCCAGCGGCAGUUUCUCCAGAACCUGGAUGAGGCCCUGGAAAUGGAACCAGACUUCCACAAGUUUGAGCAUCCUAGUCAAUUUAAAAAUGUCCUCUUUUCAAUCGGCAGUGCUUUCCUUUAUUAUGUUAAUCACUUCAAGUUGUAUAGUUCAUUUUGUGCAAGUCACUCCAAAGCUCAAAAAGUUCUUCAUCCUAAUGAAGGUAACCAGGCACUUCAAGAGUUCCUAUCAGCUCGUAACCCUCGGCAACAGCACUCCUCCACCCUCGAGUCGUACCUCAUCAAACCUAUCCAACGAAUCCUGAAGUACCCUCUCCUCCUGCAACAACUACGAAAUCUUACAGAUCCGCAGUCAGAUCAGCAUUUACACCUUGUUGAGGCCUUAAAAGGAAUGGAGAAGGUUGCAGAGCAUAUUAAUGAAAUGCAACGAAUUCAUGAAGAGUAUGGAGCUAUAUUUGAUCAUCUGUUCCGACAACACCAAAAGUCAUGUAAACAACCCAUAGACCUCAGCCCAGGCGACCUGCUGUACUAUGGUGGUGUAGAGUGGCUCAACAUCUCCGACUUCUUGGGAAAAAUCAAGAAAGGCCUUGAACUUCAUGCCAUGUGUUUUGUGUUCAAAUCAGCUGUAGUUUUUCUAUGUAAAGAGCGGUUAAGACAGAAAAAGAAGUUAAUGAGUGUGGCUAGUAAAGGUAGCUCCAAUGAGGUAGAGAUCAUCCGCUACCAGGUGCUGAUCCCCGUGACGGAGGUGCAGGUGCGGGCCAGCUCGGCCAAGGAUAUGGAUUCACACUUCCUCUGGGAACUGAUACAUCUGCGGAGCCAGCUCCAGCGCCGAUCAGAGAAAGUUUAUGUCCUCUCCAACAGCACGGCAGAUUUCCGUAACGCCUUCUUGAAGACAAUACGACAAAUCAUCCGUGAGAGUGUGAGAAACAUGAGUAUUCCAGCUACGAAACCAGGAACAUCUCCUUCACAGCUGAUUAACAACACAGCAACACUCGGUCGCCAGACGGCCAGCAACAGUGGGUCCCACAAGGCCACCCCGGUCGAAACGCCGCAAACCAAAACCACUCCCGGAGGAGUCGUCAUCAUGCAAGGAUCCCACACCCUCGGCAAGCCGAAGAAACCACCGAAAGGGCCUCAGCGACAUUCCGCAGGAAACAUAGAUUACGACAAUCUGGAAUCUAGGGAACAAAUAGAACCACCUCAACCUAAUACCAACUUUAGAUCAAGAAGUAAAACAGUAUCCGAUGCUGUAGACGCAGAAAAAAACAAACACGACUGUGACCCAGGCACCAAGUCGGAGGGAGAAGACGAGAACAGCCAGUCGGGGACUAAGGGGAAGGCCACACUGGGGCGCACGCCCAACCACCUGACUCUGAGCACCACCUCCACUCUGUCCGCCGGCAGCACCGGCAGCCAGGCCCGACUGAUACAGUCCUCACAACACCCAGAGAACUACCAGCCCCCUACCGUCAAGGACCUGGGGUCACCAGUUUGGAAACCAAGAGACAUAGGUGAAGCGCUCACCCUCCCCCGCAAGAACAAAACCCCUUCCACAUCAUCCGAUUCUCGCACCCUCGGCCGUAAACCGGACAAACAGUGAAUGCAUUCAGAUAUUGAUAGAUGGGGGAGGACAACGUACAAAUUUGCUGGCUGUGUAGGUUGUAUGGGUUGGAUCUAGCUCAAACUGUAUUGUGUCAUAGUCUUUGUAAGAAUUGCACAAACUCGGGCUUGUAAACAAUUCGAACUCUCGGUCUUGAUAAAUUUAUAAUUUUAUUAUCUGGAUUAAAAGUUUUGUAAAUAAUUAACCAAUAUGCUACAUGUCGUUAUUAUAUUUAUUGUUAUCAUUGAAAUUAACGAAAAUUGUAUUCAAGUAGAAUUUAUUGACCAGUAUUUUAUCGAUUAUGAAGUGUUUUCCUGUAGUUGAAGCAAUACCAAAAUAUCUUAAACUGUUGUUUGAAUAAAUAGUUUUAUAUUAAUAAUUAAAUGUUUUAUUCGAGAUGAAACUAUUGUUUCCUUCUAUGUGGAUCCAAGGCCAAUCACUACGAUAUUGGAAUUGUCUUUUUCAAUUGAUCUUGUUAUUUGAUGCUAGUAGAUUUCUUUCAGUAAAAAAUAGAUUUUUCAUCUUGUGGCUAUGAAAUUGCCAUUCAGAAAUUCAUUUCAGUGCUUUUCACGUACAUUUGAAUUUAUGAUAUUCUAUUAUAAUGCAUUUUCUCUCUGCAGCUUCUUUUUGUUUUGCUUUUUAGCCAUAUUCUUUUUAUUACAAGUAAGAAUAUUUCUACUUGUUACAGAUGUUUAUAAAUAGAAUUUUAUAUUAAUAUCGUAAGCACAAAACUAAAACCUGACUUUGAAAACUCACAGAAACACUUCAACCGAAUGCUUGCCAGUUGUGAGAUAGCUCCAACCACGUCUUCUUUACUUGUUUAACGUAACCCGCUCAUCUUACACUAAAAUAAGACUUGUUUUUACAAUAUUUGUAACGUUCCAUAUAUUGUGUAUUACUUGUAAAUCAAAGAACUCUGUACUGCAUGACCAUAUUGGUUACGUAGUUUUAGGUUCACACUUCACUAUUCACACUGGACAGCUCAGUUUUCUAUUUAGAUAUAUUUGGCUGGAAAUUGUAUUAGUGUAAUCAUCAAUAUCCCAGUAAAUCUGUAUCUUUAAUUCAAAGUUGAGGGAUUAAGUCAGUUAUCUUUCUUUUGUUUGUAAAACAUAAUUUUACUCAACAAAGCAGGAACCAAAUAACAAAAAUAAAUAUUGAUUAUUAAUUUUGUACUUAAUAUGUUAAUACUCCUCCAAAUAGAGUUUUAUAUAUCAGUUAAAAUAUUAUUGAAGAAAAUUUUGUGUUUGGUUUAUACACUAAUAAAACCAAAACAGAAAUUAACUAAUUUAACUAUACAUAAAAUCAAAAUAAUCUUUUUGGGAGUUUAUUGAUUUAUUUUGCAAAUAUUCAUUAGUUCAUACAAUCGAUAUUUGUAAAUAAAAUUUAAUCUUUUAGUUUCUGUACAAUAAUCUGUUUGUUACAACCAAUACAGAACUAUUUCAAUUCAUAAAAAUUAAGAACAAGAUUUUUUACCACUUUAAAAGGACAGACAAAUUAUUCCAAACCAAUACUAAAAUUUCCUGUGAGAAUAGUGAAGUGGCAUAGUUAUAGAAAUUAUCAUUGUUAUAUUUCAGUUUGUA